UUGCAACGUGAAGGAAACUCUCCCCUUUCGCUUGUUUUUGUUCCGAACGCUCGCUAACUAGCUUGCAACGCUAGCUUAGCUUUUUGGUAAACACGACGAGCGCGUCAACUACGAGGGGGAAUCUCGCUUUCACUGAAGGGCCAAAAUGCCGAGUUUUAAUGCUCAAGCCAAGAAAAAUAAGUUCAUUUCUUUAACGGUGCAUCGUCACCAAGAUGCUGACUAUAAGUGGUAAUAGUUCGCCACGCACGGACUUCCAAUGGAGUGCCUCGGGCGACGAAUUUUUCACAUUUUGCAAACAAGGCCUGAUGCUCAGCGACUGCCCCCAAGAUGACCCGGUCCUAGCGCUGCCGUCAUAGCAAACAUGUCUCCCAAAGUCCCAAGCGGCCCAGGCAGAGGGGAAUAUUCCUCAGUUCAAGUUGCGGUCCGAGUGCGUCCGCUGCUGCCGAAAGAGCGUCUCCGCUGUCACGAGAGUUGCAUCACCGUGGACCCCGAACUACAGCGGGUCACCCUGGGCCACGACAGACACUUCCUUUGCGACUUCCUCUUUGAGGAAACCUGCUGCCAAGAUGAAGUUUAUUCUACGUCAGUCCAGCCCCUUAUCGAUGCUUUCUUCCAAGGCUUCAAUGCAACAGUCUUUGCUUAUGGACAGACGGGCUCAGGGAAGACUUACACCAUUGGAGAAGCUAACAUAUCAUCAUUUCGUGAUGAGGAGCAAGGCAUCAUCCCCAGGGCUGUUGCGGAUGUAUUCAAGCUGCUGGAUGAAAAUGACCUCACAGACUUCUCGGUCCGAGUGUCCUAUCUGGAGGUCUACAAAGAGGAAUUCAAGGACUUAUUGGAGGUAGAAACUGCAAGCAAGGACAUUCACAUCAGGGAAGAUAAGGGCAACAUUGUCUUGUGUGGCAUAAAGGAGUGCGUUGUCGAGGGUCUCGACGAGGUGCUGAGUUUACUGGAAUCCGGCAAUACAGCCAGACACACGGGCGCAACCCAAAUGAAUCCAAACUCCAGCCGCUCCCACACCAUUUUCACCUUACACAUGGACCAGCGACGUGGAGGUUUGAGACUCUACGGGAGUGCCACGGGCAGCGGACCCCAAAUGUUGUCCUCCAAAUUCCAUUUUGUGGACUUGGCCGGCUCCGAGCGCAUCUUGAGAACUGGCAACACUGGAGAGAGGCUGAAGGAGAGCAUUCAGAUUAACAGCGGCCUUCUUGCCCUCGGAAAUGUUAUCGGAGCCCUUGGGGACCCCAAAAGGAAAGGCUCUCACAUACCAUACAGAGAUUCCAAAAUCACAAGGAUCCUAAAGGACUCAUUAGGGGGAAAUUCCAAAACCCUGAUGAUAGCCUGCAUCAGCCCGUCAUCCUCAGACUUUGACGAAAGUCUGAAUACACUAAACUACGCCGCGAGGGCCCGCAAUAUUCAGAAUCGGGCCACGGUCAACUGCAAGCGGGAGCUAGAUCGAGUGGAAGGGCUGGAGCAACAGAUCAAAGCUCUCCGCCGAGCGCUCGAAAACCGCCAUCGAUCAGAGACCCGCAUCAUUUCUCAUGCUGACCCCAACAGGAGGCCGCGACUUGGCGAAGUAGAAAUUAGUAGACUGCAAGUGCAGGGCGCCCACUAUCGAACUUGCACGGACACUGCUUACAGAUUGCUCCGCGAGCUGCAGAGUGAAGGAGUGCUGACUGCGGAGCAGAGUCUGAGAGUGAAGGAGUGGCUCGGUUCUGUGGAGGAGGAACGUAGUCGGCUGACGACCGCAUCGGGGCCGGACAGCGGUAUCGAGAACAGCUCUACAGAGGAAAGUGUCCCGUUGAGAAGGGAAAGGCCUUCCGUUAACAACCAGGAUUCAGAUUCCCUGGAGGAGAGGUGGAGCUAUGAACACGACAGCGUGAAAGACGGGGAGAAGGAUGAGACUGUCAUGAGGCUUCAAGCGCACGUCCUGCGUCUGGAGAGAGAGAAUACAGACUUCCUCGCAGCCCUGGAGGACGCCAUGGAGCAAUACAAGCUGCAGAGUGAUAAACUACAGGAGCAACAGGACCUGAUUGCAGAAUUGCAGCGUCUGCUAGUCAGUCCCGACAUGCGCGGCUUGGGCCUUCAUUUGUGCCAACGGCCACACACCGCCCCAAUUAGCUCCAUGCACCAUGGCCAAAAUGGAGCGUCACAGAGUGACAAUCGGGAUGUUUCUUUCUGUGAGGAACAGGCGACCUUAAGUGGAGCAGAAACUCGUGGGAUCAGUGAAGAGGGCACUCAGUGUAGCCAACCCAAAAGGAGACAAAGGCUGGUGAACCAAACCUGGACCAAAAAGGACAUGCUCUUGGGUGGACGAGCACUCAGCGGUCGAGGGCUGACAUCUCAUCUACCUGAGCUAGACCAACAUCCUACUUUAGCCAGAAAAGCGUCCAACUUCAAUGUGGCGGAAACAUCUGUACGUGAUGCGUUGAGGGGCCUCGAAGGUGUGUCAGAAUCAGAACUUCUUCAGGCCCAGCAGAAGAUAAGGGAGCUUUCAGUCACCAUCCGGAUGAAAGAAGAGCUCAUUAAGGAACUGGUCAAAACGGGUAAGGAUGCGCAGUCCCUGAACAGGCAGUACAGUCACAAGAUCACCGCUCUGGAAAGUGAAGCUGUGCAGGCGCGACAGGAGGUGCACGAAGCCCAAAGGCAACUUCAGGAGCUGGAGAGGCAGGACAGAGAGAUCAGCGGGACAGACAAGACCAGAGCUCAGGAAUGUCGACGAAAGAUUGCGGCGGCUCAGAGCAAAGUUCAGGUUCUCAGUCAACGUCAGAGGGACACGGCCCAUCUUGCUAAUCUGCCGGCGCAAAGUGAGCGUCGGGUGCUUGAGCUGGAGCGCAGUGUUCACUCUAUGAGGCAACAACAGGAACUCCUGCAGAAGCGACUGCGUCAAGAAAGUCAGCAGAAACGUCGGCUGGAGACUGAGAUGCAGCGUAGAACUCACAGAGUCAAGGAGCUUGAGAUAAAAAAUGAGCAGCAGCAAAAGAUUCUCAAGAUCAAGACUGAGGAGAUUGCCGCCUUCCAGAGGCAGAGACGCAGUGGCAGCAACGGCUCUGUCGUCUCACUGGAGGAGCAACAGAAGAUCGAGGAGCAGAAACGCUGGCUGGAUGAGGAAAUGGAGCGCGUACUGGAUCAGAGACGAGGGCUUGAAGACUUGGAAGGAGAGCUCACUAAACGGGAGGAAAUUCUGGCCAAGAAAGAAGCCCUGUUACUGGAGCGCAGUGGUCUUGAGACCAAGAGGCUCCGUUCCAGCCAGGCCCUGAGUAAAGACCUGGUGACUCUAACGGGGCGCAUCGAGACGCUUGAGCAUGAGUUAAGCGAGAGGAACGGCCUCCUUCGCAGCAGCAGCGCUCAGGACUCCCAACAGAUUCGACAAGAAAUCUCCAACCUGCGGCAGGAAAAAGAUUCCUUGCUGAAACAAAGAGUGGAGCUGGACGAUAAGUUGCGCCAGGGAAACCUGCUCUCGCCGGAGGAGGAGCGAACCCUCUUCCAGCUGGAUGAGGCCAUCGAAGCUCUGGAUGCAGCCAUUGAGUACAAGAACGAGGCCAUUACUCAGAGGCAGAGGCAGCUCAGGGCGUCCGCCAGCAUGCUGUCCCAAUGGGAGAUGAAUCUCAUGGCCAAACUCAGCUACUUAUCUGCCUCCGAGACCAGAGCUCUGCUGUGCAAGUACUUCGACAAGGUGGUGUCUCUGCGCGAGGAGGAGCGUAAGCUACAGCUUGCGCUCGCCGAGCUGGAAAUGCAGCUGGACGAGCAGCAGCGGCUGGUGCAGUGGCUGGAGAACGCGCUGGAUCGCACGCAGCUCGACACCGACCGUCGGCUCACGCAGCAGCAGAAGGAACACGAGAGGAGCGUGCAGCUCUUGCUACAGCAGUGUCGAGAACAAAUGGACGAAGGCCUGGCCGGAAGGCAACGGCAGUUUGAGGGAUGGAUCCACGGCCUCAGCAAGGAGCUUAACCACUACAAGGCAGCAAAUGUGGAACUAAAUAACAAACUGAGGGAGUUUUGCGUUCAGCCAAAGGAGCAAAUGAAAGUGGUGCCAUGUAAUGGUAAACCAGUAGGUGUCAGCUGUACGGACAACUCCGGGGGAAGAGGGACACCCAUGAGCGAAAAACCUCCCAAGUCGAGAGAGGAAAUGCGAGAGCUGGUGAAUGCCCCACUUCCAUCCAUAUGGAGGCGCUCCUCCCUCCCCACCGAGGAGCCGGCCGUCACGGAGGAGCCGUGGCUCCCGACGGCCUCCGACGGGCCCGUCAACCGCGUAGUCCAAACCGGGCUCAGCUCGUCCAGCGUCCCGACGUCCCUGCCCGCUAUGAAGACCCGGAGGGAGUCUCGCCGUAGCAGCCUCAACGUGGGACCGCUCACUUCAAACAAUGCCUUCAUAGACCUGAGGAAGAAUUUUGCCUGAAAAACUGUUUUCUUUUUAUGAUUGUAGAGUAGUUUUGAUAUUGUUAUCCAAGGUUUCCUAAAGAAAUGUAAUUUUGUACUUUUAUACAGUAUAUUUUUAUUUAAUUGUUUAAUGGACUGACAUUUUUUAUACAAAGCACUUUGACAAUUGUAUUUUAUGUGUCAUUGAGAUGUAUGAGGUUAUCCAUAAAGUUGAAAGGGUUAAAAAUCAAAAGAUGUAUUUAUUUCGCACUAAUCCUUCGAUUUUAUUGUGUGUGUUUUUUUCCAGCCAAAGGGCUAACACUGUACUUGAGUAGAAGUACAGAUACUUGUGUAAACAUCAAAACUGGUGGUAGUAGAAGUAGUGAUUCAAGUGCUGUACUUAAAAAGAUUUCAAUUACCGUUGGGCUUACCUUUCUAUUUACAUCCUUAGUAUUAUUUUAUUUUACAUUGUGUCGCAACGGGGUUUGUGUGUCCUUAUUGUGGCAAAGACUCGUGCCAGCCUAUCAAGGGUUUAAUAGAUUUUAA